UUACUAUAUUUUUGUACAAUAGCUGGAUGAUAGGAAAAGCAAAGGAAUUUAAUAAAAUUCUCAUAUCAGUGAUCUCGCAGAAUCAAUAUCCCACUUUCUCUUCAAUACCCAUCCAUCCAUUUUAUUUUCUUUAUUUUCACAAUGUCGACAACAUCUGCUCAUGACGAGCCAGUAGUGCCCAUCUUUAAAGCCGUGUCCAGUUCUGCGCGGCAACUCUUUCAAUUACUCAAUACAAUACGAUUCGCACCUAAAGUUCAUGUUCAGAUUAGUACCCAAGGUAUCCGAUUCGCGGUUGAAGAAUCAAGAGUAAUGCAAGGUUAGCUUCCCUGAGUUCAAUGGAUGUAGUUCUCCUUGUAACUUUUCUUUUUAGGAAUCGUAUUUCUUGACAAAGCUCUGUUUACUACUUUUAAUUGCACUCUUCCCGAAGCAGAACUCGAAGAGGAUCAAGAAGAUGCAUCUUUGAAAGAUCUACCUGCCUUUCAAAUAUCGCUUUCCGCCUUACUCGAAACUUUACAGAUUUUCGGUGCAGCAGAUGCCGCUUCACGAUUUUUCAAACCCGAAAAUGAAGGCUACAAUAGUAAUAUCCGUCCAAAUCGACCAAAUGCAUUCAGCAACCAAGCUCUGGGAAUGGCCGGUGUAUGUCGGUUUUCUUAUGCAGGAACAGGAUCACCUUUUAGUAUUAUUCUUGAAGAAGCUGGGGUUACUACAACUUGUAAUCUCAACACUUAUGAACCAGAAGACUCUGAAGAAAUACCAUUUCAACGAAAUGCCAUGCAAGUCAAAAUCAUUAUGCAAGCUCGUUGGCUUUUUGAUGCCAUUCAAGAAUUGAGUUCCACAACUCCAAAUCGACUUGAUAUUCUUGCUCUACCUUCGAAACCCUUUAUCAGCUUGUCUGCUACUGGUCAUUUGAGUAGUGCUAGUGUCGAUUUUUCUAAAGGAAGAGAGCUAUUGGAAACUUUCGCCGUCAAAGAAAGGUGGUCUCAAAGUUAUCGUUUUGAUAUGAUAAAAGCUGCUGGUGAAGCUAUGAGAUUAGCGAGUAAAGUUAGUGUAAGGGGUGAUGAGCAAGGCGUUUUGAGCUUGCAAUUUAUGGUUGAGGUAGAAGGUGGUGGUGUUAGCUUUGUUGAUUUCAGAUUUGUGCCAUUCAUUCGAGCGGAAGAUGAUGAAGAUGAUGAUAGUGAGGAAGAUGAUGAUGAAUUUGAAGAGGAAGGUGAUGAUGAAUAGUAGCAAUUUGAACAAUGACGAGCAAAUUUCUGGCAGUAUGAUCAUUUCAGUAUUUGAUAUAUCCCAGGCCUCAACCUAGCUGCCUUUUAAAUGUCUCAUCAUCACCAUUC